AUUUCUUUUCUCCAUUUACCAGGUGGAUCAAUGAGCUAGCAAUGGAGACCAAAAGAUACCAAAGUUUCUUUGAUGGAAGUAAUACAGAGAACAGAUGGGCACAGGUCCCCAGCACCAUGGAGCACUGCUGCAGCACAGAGGAUUCAAGUCUGACUAGCAGUGAUAUCCUGAUGGACAUAGUCAAUGUGAGCUGCCCUGCUGGAAGCCCGGCAACCGACUGCAAAGACAACAAUACAAAGAAGCAGGAGCAGCCAAUCCUUCAGCUCAGCCAGAACCAGCCAUUUGUUCUCCCACUUUUCAACAACUCUGUCCAUGGUCAUAAGCAGGAAAUGGACUCUAAGGAGCUUUCCAAGACAGUGGCCGAGUCUAUGGGCCUGUAUAUGAAUGCUGCCAGGGAGGCAGACUUUGCCUUUAGCCAGCAUGGGGGCAGUACCAGCCCUGGGAAGAUGUAUCCAGUGUGUGGGCGGGCUCUAGAGGAGAACCAGCGUGGCUCCACAAAGAGUCCUAAGUUAAAGCCAUUUGGUUUCCAGCAGCCCAGCACCACUCCCAGAGAAUGCACCACUGGGACUCCUGUUAGCUCAGCCUCAAUGCUGGCCUCAUCUCUGUCCUGCAGCCCCCAGACCUCCAGCUCCAUCUCUAGCCCCGGGGGCAGCAACAAUAUGGUGUCGUCAACCACCAGCCCUCCUACAUGUUUUGGACCAGUGUGCUCGUCCGUCAGUAGUCCUGUAAGCCAGACGUCUUGUGCUGCAAGUAUGGCCAACAUCAAGCGCAGGAAUUCAGCCACAUGUAGCCCCGUGGGGUCCAGCACGGUGGGCUCACCACCUCUCACCAGCCCACUCAACGUCAUGAGAUCCCCCAUGUCCAGCCCACAGAGUAUGAGUAGUGUGAGAUCUCCUCCGUCCUGCAGCACUACCUGUAACAUUAGGUCUUCUGUCUCGAGCCCUACCGGUGGCAGCUGCACCAGCACUGCCAACAACUGCAACACAGCACGACCGUCCAUCUCCAGUCCUGCCACAGGGGGAGCAAUGGCUGCCAGCAGCCCAAAGAACCCCUCCUCAGGUGGUUUUCCUGUGUCCAGUCCUGCUGGCGGACUGGGUUUGGCGCAGAAUGACACCAACAGCCCAGAAGCAGCAGGUCUGAGCAGAGACGCAGACUUCAAGAACUUUGAAUUCCCUAAAGUAGAGGUUGUAGACGGGGAGGUGUUCAACGUCGGCUUAGAUCAGAUGGGCAUGGUUAAGUUCAUAAAAAACGAGCCUGGAACUGACUUCAGAAGCAUGUGUUUAGGAAGCUCCAAAUGUAAUACGAGUAGCACACCUUUUAUCACACAGAUUAAGAGCGAGCCAAACAAAAAUGAGGGAUGUAUGAACCAACAGCCCUAUGGUGAGCAGUCACCAUCUCUUAGUCACUUUCCUGCAUCUGAGACCACCUAUUUGUCCCUGAGGAAUAGCAUUGAUGAAUACAGUCUUUCUGGUAUCUUAGGACCCCCUGUUGCCUCUAUGAAUGGAAACUAUGAGUCUGAUGUGUUCUCCAACAAUGUUCUGUCUAAAGGGGUUAAGCAGGAGACCACUGAUGGCAGCUAUUACCAAGAGAAUAACAGCAUGCCCACAUCGGCUAUUGUUGGAGUUAAUUCCGGUGGACAUUCAUUCCAUUACCAGAUUGGAGCGCAAGGAACAAUGUCUUUCACGCGGCAUGAUGUGAGGGACCAGUCCAACCAUUUGUUGAAUCUCAUUUCGCCUGUAACAGCGUUAAUGGAGUCGUGGAAAUCUCGGCCGGGCAUGUCCCAGGGGUCACUGUCAGCCAGAGGUGAGGGUUACCUGGGUCAGAACUGCAUCACGGACAGCAUGUCGAGCUCGCCACUGAGACAACCGUCCUCAACGGCCAAAGUGUGCCUGGUUUGUGGCGACGAGGCAUCAGGAUGCCAUUACGGUGUUGUGACAUGUGGAAGCUGCAAAGUCUUCUUUAAAAGAGCCGUGGAAGGUCAGCACAACUACCUGUGUGCCGGGAGAAAUGACUGCAUCAUUGACAAGAUUCGAAGGAAAAACUGUCCGGCAUGUCGUGUACGGAAGUGUCUCCAGGCCGGGAUGAACCUAGGAGCACGGAAGUCAAAGAAGUUAGGGAAGCUAAAGGGUGUCAGCGAGGAUGUGCAGGGCUCUAAGGAUGGCCAAACUGCCACAGGAGGGGUUGGAGCCGGGUACCUGUCCUCAGAGAAGGAGCUCACAGCCAGCGCUGCCAAUGCCCUGGUGCCCCUCGGACCUGGGGUCACACCUUUUCUGCCGCCCUCCAUCUGCAGUGUGUUGGAGCUGAUUGAGCCUGAAGACGUGUACUCUGGUUAUGACAACACGCAUCCCGACACCGCUGACCACAUGCUGUCCAGUCUCAACCGCCUGGCCGGAAAGCAGAUGGUACGCAUGGUGAAGUGGGCCAAAGUACUUCCAGGUUUUCGGAGCCUGCCCAUUGAGGACCAAAUCACCCUGAUCCAGUACUCAUGGAUGUGUCUGUCCUCCUUUUGCCUCAGCUGGCGCUCCUACAAACACACCAAUGGACAGAUGCUCUACUUUGCCCCUGACCUCAUCUUUGACGAGGAUCGCAUGCAGCAGUCAGCCAUGUACGACCUGUGUCUGGGCAUGAGGCAAGUGAGCCUGGAGUUUCUACGACUGCAGCUAACCUACGACGAGUUCCUCUCCAUGAAGGUCCUUCUGCUUCUCAGCACAGUUCCCAAAGAGGGUCUGAAGAACCAGGCGGCAUUCGAGGAGAUGAGGGUUAAUUACAUUAAGGAGCUCCGGCGUUCAGUGGGAAAAGCAACCAACAACUCUGGCCAAACCUGGCAGCGCUUCUUCCAGCUCACCAAGCUACUGGACGCCAUGCAUGAUCUGGUGGGGAACCUGUUGGACUUCUGUUUCUACACCUUUCGUGAGUCCCAGGCCCUGAAGGUGGAGUUCCCAGAAAUGUUGGUGGAGAUCAUCAGUGACCAGAUACCAAAGGUGGAGUCAGGCCUCACUCACACAAUCUUCUUCCACAAGAAGUGACUCACUUAGCAGUCGGGACAGAAGAGGCAUAAAUAACUGGAAGAGAGGAGGAAGAAGUUCAAGAUGAGAAGAUGUGCGAAAAUAAGGCCAGACGAGUUGGCUCGCACCCGGUCGCCCAGUAUGCCAGCGUCCUCGCCUUAGAUGGGAAAAGUCAAGUGACGCGGUGACAGAAUUUAUAAGGGGAGAACUGAUUUGACCCCGCAGUCACCGCGAGGGUGGUCAGAGCUGCGAAUAGUUCAUGGAGCCGAGCGUGACACGCUGAGAAGGACUUGAGAUAAAUGUGACAAAGCAUCCUGAAGUACCCCACCCCGUGCCCCCCUUGCCCCAAAGACGAUAACACUAUUUUCUAUGGAGAUAAAGCCAUACAGUUCUUAGGAUGCGCUAGAUACAGUCACUGCGUUCGCACACGCACACAGUAGUGGGAAAUUGAUACACAUGCUGUCCACAUGCCUUCACACGAAUGCACAGAUGCACUCCACAUGCACUAAAAUCAGAUUCCCUUACAAAUCUAGAGAGCAAGUCUUUGCAAAUAUGUAAUGUGGCUUAUGCAGUCUUUGACACAUAAUAGCACUAUGAGAUUUUAAAAAGAUAUGCUAAUACUUAGAUUUCGCUUUGCAGUGUAGCAGCAUACUGCAAGACUACAGGGCAAAGGAUAUUAUGAGGAGGCAGACAUUCUAGACUGUAAGGUGAAAGGUCUAUUUGAAUAUAAUCCAAGGGCUAUACCAGCAUCAUCAUAAGUUAAAUAGUUACAUUAAAUCUAAAAAGUCCAAUUUUGAAUCAAUCAGUCAUAACAGCCAUCAUAAACAUUCACAUACUGAGUUUUUUAAAUUCAAUUAUGUAGUAAAACAAUCAAAACUAAUAUGCAAACGUCCAAAGCUAAGGCUGUCAAAUUAAAAAAAUGUUUCUCUUGUGUAAAGAAAUCUUGCACAUGAAGCUCCCAUGUCAUAAAGUCGUUAUUUUAGACGUCGUGUAGAAUUAAGACAAUACUGAUAAGCGAUUUUACCUUUGUGCAAAAAUGGUCACUAGUGUCACAGGAUGGAAAACAUCAUGCAUUUACGGAAAUAAUUUCGGUAGAGUCCGCUGGUAAUGGAUUUGACUGAGGUGCAUCCAUAGUAAUUGUGUUUUGUGUUAUCUCCAGAGCAGCUGUCCAAAUGUCUGUUUUUACUCACAAUGAAGCAAAACCAGCCCUUUGUGAACCGACACUUAUCUACUCUUCCCAGAAAUAAUAAAAAGCGUUUUAUAAAAGUG